GAAAGAGACUGCAGGAAUGGAUCUCUGUCAUCUUAUGCUUCUCUCUGAUCUGUUUCAAUUUUUACAAUCUUCUCUUCUACUUGCGACUGGAACACAUGCCCUCUGUUAUUGUGGGGAUAUUUGCAGGAGUUAUUACGGCUGACUUUCUAUCAGGAUUGUUUCACUGGGGAGCAGAUACCUGGGGAUCUGUGGAGCUACCCAUAGUUGGAAAGGCUUUCAUCAGACCCUUUAGAGAACAUCACAUUGACCCCACAGCUAUCACCAGACAUGAUUUUAUAGAGACCAAUGGAGACAACUGCUUUAUGACACUAGUCCCAUUGGCAAACAUGGCAUACAAAUUUGUUUCUUUUUCCCCAGAGGCAUUACACGAAACAUGUCCUUGGGAGUGUUACGUCUUUGCGCUUAUCAUCUUCAUUACCAUGACAAACCAGAUUCACAAGUGGUCUCACACAUACUUUGGUCUUCCACGCUGGGUCAUAUUUCUACAGGACUGGCACGUUAUCCUGCCACGGAAGCAUCACAGGAUCCACCACGUGUCUCCACACGAGACCUAUUUCUGCAUCACAACUGGUUGGCUGAACUAUCCGUUAGAGAAGAUAAGAUUCUGGAGAUGUUUGGAGAACAUUAUCCAAGGAAUUACUGGGGAGAAGCCAAGAGCAGAUGACAUGAAAUGGGCCCAGAAAAUUAAAUAACUUUUGCCAGCCUUCUGCAAUCCUUAACUUGUUGCCAAUGUUUGGUUUUU